AUGGCACCGCAAUUCCAGCCCAUGAAGAAUGAUUUGAUUCUGCGGACGGCGAGAGGCGAAAAAGUCGAGCGCCCGCCAAUAUGGGUGAUGCGGCAAGCUGGACGCUACCUACCCGAGUACCACGAGGCGAAAGGCGGUCAUGACUUCUUCGAAUGCUGCCGUAGCCCUGAAAUUGCCUCGACGCUCACCCUCCAACCCAUUGAAAGGUACGAGGGGCUCAUUGACGCUGCCAUCAUCUUCUCCGAUAUCCUCGUCAUUCCACAAGCUAUGGGUAUGGAGGUCAUAAUGGUGGACAAGAAGGGUCCGCACUUUCCCGAGCCGCUGCAGACACCAGAAGACAAGCAGUACAAGGAAGUACUGGAGCGCAAGGUAGACGUGGCCGAAUCGCUGGACUACGUAUACAAGGCCAUUACUUUGACAAGGCAAAAGCUCGCAGGAAGAGUGCCACUGAUUGGAUUCUGUGGCGCACCCUGGACACUGUUGUGCUACAUGGUGGAAGGAGGAGGCAGCAAGUUCUUUAUCCAGACUAAGACUUGGGUCUACAAGUAUCCAGAGGAGAGCAAAGCGCUGUUACAGAAGAUCGCAGAACUCUGUGUGGAAUACCUUGCCCUUCAGGUACAGGCCGGAGCACAGAUGAUCCAGGUUUUCGACUCCUGGGCCGGCGAAUUGUCCCCCUCCUCAUUCAAGACCUUCGCCCUUCCAUAUCUCAACUAUAUUGCCGACAACCUCCCCCCACGCCUCCAAGCCCUUGGUCUGGAGCCUGUCCCAAUGACCGUCUUCGCCAAGGGAGCAUGGUAUGCAUUGUCGGAUCUUUGCGACUCGAACUACAACACGAUUGGUCUGGAUUGGUUGCAUGACCCGGCCGAGGCAUACAAGACUGCGAGAGCGAAGGGUAAGGUCCUGCAGGGCAAUGCCGAUCCCGGCGUCUUGUACGGCAGCAAGGAGGGAGUGACCAAGGUUGUAGAGGACAUGGUCGCUGGGUUUGGUGGCGGCAAGCAGGGUUGGAUUGCGAAUCUCGGCCAUGGAAUCACUCCGUUUGUGAAGCCAGAUGAUCUGAAGUUCUACUUUGAGGAGAUUCAUCGAUUAACCAAAUCUUAA